UUUAAUCCCGUUUAUAUUAAAGUAAAAAUGUUUGUUUGAGAAAAGACAUAACAAAAAUUGUCAAAAUAUUUUCCCAUAAUACAAUUCAGCUCAUCUGAAGACGUUGGGAAGAUGGCUGAGUAUCUUGCGUCAAUUUUUGGCACAGAAAAGGACAAGGUUAACUGUUCCUUUUACUUCAAAAUUGGAGCUUGUAGGCAUGGAGAAAGAUGUUCUCGCCUGCACAACAAACCCACUUUCAGUCAGACAGUACUGCUACAGAAUCUAUACCUAAACCCUCAAAAUGCUGCACUUACAGCUGAUGGCUCUCAUAUUCCUGAAACAGUGACAAUGGACGAUGUUGAAGCGCAACAGGAUUUUGAUGAUUUUUUCGAGGAGGUAUUUUGUGAAAUAGAGGACAAGUAUGGUGAAAUAGAAGAGAUGAAUGUAUGCGAUAACCUGGGUGAUCAUCUUGUUGGCAAUGUAUAUGUUAAGUUUCGUUAUGAAGAAGAUGCUGAAAAGGCUGUUAAAGAUUUAAAUAAUCGUUGGUUUAAUGGCCGCCCAAUUCAUGCAGAAUUAUCUCCAGUCACUGACUUUAGGGAAGCUUGUUGCCGUCAAUAUGAAAUGGGAGAGUGCACUCGUGGAGGAUUUUGCAAUUUUAUGCAUUUGAAACCUAUUUCUCGUGAACUUCGCAGAGAAUUAUAUGGUAGAACUCGGCGCCGGCGAAAGUCAAGAUCCCGUUCACCUCCAACACGCCGUAGCAGGAGUCGCAGCCGAAGCCAAGAGCAACCACGUCGUGGCAAUAGAAGUCGUAGCCGAGAAAGGAGACGAUCCCGUUCAAGAAGUCGAGAAAGGAAUCAAAGGCGAUCUCGUUCUAGAGAGAGAGAAGGCCGAAGUGGACGUUUUUAACUUUAUCAUGCACCAUAGCCAUGCAACUGUAAAAUGUUUUCUAUUUUCAUCAUUUUCAUUCAAAAGUCAAUAAAAUACAUUCACAGAAAUUAA